ACUUGUGUUUCUGGUUUUUCAGCUACUUCUGUUAACGGAGAAUAUAGACUGCAGUGGAAAAGGGGAGAUACAACUUGUUUCGUAUAUAGACUAUACAAACUGCGGAGAAGAUUGUGACUUUUACUUCAAGAACGUCGUAAUUCAGGAUGAGGAUGGUAACAAAUUUCUCGACGUAGCAAAAACAGAUGACACUGGUAACACCGAUAGGGUCUAUUUCUCUAAAGUGAAUAAGCUUGAUAAAGCUAUUCCAGUUGACAUCAACACUGGUAGGAGUAAUAGUAUAACUAUAUCAUUUGAAGCUUGGGAUAAAGACACGGGUAUUGGUAAUUCUGAUGAUCAUGAAAGAACAAUGUCGGGUUUGGUGGUGCUAUUUUCAGACAUUGCCAUUAGAUCAGGUGGAACCUGGGAGUUUAAAUCCUUUGUAAGUAACACUAACGCCGAGGGUCAAGACAAAGAAGCAACUCUUAAGAUAAAAUAUAGGAUAUUGAGCUGCGAUAACCGCUUCACUGGAUUAGGCUGUAACUCCUGCGUAGAUAACUACUAUGGAACAGAGUGUGGUAAAUACUGUAAACCUGUGUCAGGUCACUACACGUGUCAUCCCACGACAGGGAGCAAGGUUUGUGAAGGAAAGAGAGCGGGAAUUGAAUGCGAUGAUUGUGUAGACCAUUUCGAGGGAAACAAUUGUGAGAGAUGUGUUCAGAAUUACUACCCGACAGAAUCAUGUAACAUCCUCUGCAUCCCAAACUCUGAAAGAUACAUUUGUACCUAUGAAGGGGAAAAACAGUGUCUGCAAUACAGGACUGGAUCUGACUGCGAGGACUGUGUCGCAAACCACUAUGGAGAAGAUUGUUCCAAGACCUGCCAUGAGACGUCUAGCUUCAGCUGUGAUGAAUCAGGAGAGAAAGAGUGUAAGGAAAACUACUACCCAGCACAGAAGUGUAACAGACACUGUGAGCUGGUACCAGGUAACUACACUUGUAACCAGGUAACAGGAGAAAAGAUCUGUCUGGAGGGAAAGGAAGGAGAAGACUGUGAUGAAUGUUUAAACAAAAACAAAGAAGGAGGAAAUUGUGAUAAAUGCAUAAAAAACUACUACGGGGAUUGCACAGUCUAUUGCAAGCCAGAUAGUGAGCAUUACAAUUGCUUGGAAAAUGGAACCAAAAUCUGUGUUGACAACACAACAGUUGCUGAGCAUGACUGUCGGAUACCAAAUCAUAUCUUAAACAUUCCCUUGAUAGGGGCAGCAGGGGGUUGUGUAGGGCUGUUUAUCAUUCUACUUUUGACUUGCAUAAUUCUAAAAGUGAGAAAAGACAGAAAUAAAAACGUCGCAGAAGAGAUACUGAUAGGAGGAGAAACUGAUAAUACUCAAAGGAACCAAUACCAGGAAGCAAUUCACCCCACAGUGAAUAAUCAAGCUGCUCAUUCCUCGGAGGAAACAGGAGAUGUUUAUAGCCGGAUAAACAGACAGGAACAAGGAAAGCAACAUCCCCAGAUUGGACCUGACCAAAACCAAGACGCUCUCUACUCGACAAUGCAAUCCCAGCCUGUCUACGCAACUAUAGAUAAAGGAGAUAAAUACGCUCGCCUAGACAGACACGAGGGAAAGUCUAAUGGGACCUACAGUCCUGAAACUGGAGAAGAACCAACAUACGCUGACGUAUCCUUUGUGAGGAAUGAGAGAUAUGGUGCGGUGACAUUUAGGAACAGAGCUCAAAAUGGGGAUAAUGGUGUUGAAGGUACAGGACAGAAUGGAGAGGAGGCGACCUACAUUACAGUGAGUCAAGUGAUAGAGGAGAGACUAUAAGUGGGUCAACUCUGUGAAGAUUUGAAG